ACAGGUCGCAUGUCAGUCACCCCCAUCACCGGUACAUCUAACCAGUUGUUCCUGAGGUUUUCAUCUGACGAGAGUGUCGUGGCUCAGGGGUUCCAUUUCUCCUACACAGCCACAGACACAACAGAAACGACCAUCGCUCCUGCGACCAGCGCUCCUGGAUGUGGAGGCAUCCUGGCGGCUCCCCCUGGAGGUACUGUGACGUCACCAAACUACCCCGGUAACUACGGCAACGAUGAGACUUGUGAGUGGACGAUCACCGUGCCAGAAGGAAGCGUGGUUCGUCUCACGUUUGACAGCUUCAGCCUUGAGACCGGUUAUGACUAUUUGAUGAUAUACGAUGGAGGCAGUGAUGGUGCUCCACCACUGCGGAGGUUAACAGGUUACGCGAUACCAGACCCCAUCACCAGUACAUCUAAUCAGAUGUUCGUGAAGUUUACAUCUGACUAUAGUAGCACGGCCCAGGGGUUCCAGUUCUCCUACACAGCGACAGGCCCAACAACAACGACCAGCGCUCCUGGAUGUGGAGGUAUCCUGACGGCUCCCCCUGGAGGCACUGUGACGUCACCGAACUACCCCAAUUACUACCCCAACUCUGCGACUUGUGAGUGGAAGAUCACCGUGCCAGAAGGAAGCGUGGUUCUUCUCACGUUCGACAGCUUCCAACUUGACUACGGUUAUGACUAUUUGACGAUAUACGAUGGAGGAAGUGACAGUGCUCCACGACUGCAGAGGUUAAUAGGUCACUUGACACCAGACCCCAUCACCAGUACAUCUAACCAGAUGUUCGUGAGGUUUACAUCUGACCAUAGUUACACGUUCCAAGGGUUCCAGUUCUCCUACACAGCGACAGCUGCCAUCUAUGGAAGCCCUUCCGAGGAAGCUGUGAAUGUCGCUCAAGGAAAGACGGCCUACCAAACAAGCACCAAGGGGUACUUUCGUUUCUGGGAAAGGGAAGCCCGUCUUGCUGUAGACGGGAACACCAAUGGCGACUGGUGGGGAAAUUCCUGUACAUGUACGCGCACGGAAGACGAGGACAACCCUGCGUGGUGGGUGGACCUUGGACAAUCGUAUGUGAUUAACAGUGUGGUCAUAUUCAACCGCCUGGACUGUUGUUCGGAUCGACUCAAUCCCUUCAACAUCCACAUCGGAGGUUCCAGCACGGUUACCUCCAACCCCAAGUGUGGAGGUGACCAUCGGAUCGACCUCAGCCAGCCGUCCAUUUCCGUUUCCUGUCAGGGCAUGACGGGACGGUACGUUGGCGUUCGCCUGAUCGGAUUUCCCCGAGUGAUGUCAUUGUGCGAGGUCCAAGUCUUUUCGACAGGUCCAAUUACUGAGGUACCAACGACACUGAGACAUGUAACACAUCGAACUAACACGGAAGGACGUUUACAGACUACAUCCAUGCAGAGUCCAUCUUCUGCCCAGCCGACACAACGGCCAACUCAUCCUGGAACUACUUCCCACCAGACGACAUGGCUGGCAGAAAGGGAGACUACUACAUCCAUUGGUACUUGGUAUAAGGACCUACUCAACCCAACUGUACUGAUUGACAACCUUGCCGUGGCGUGCCUAGGCUGUGCUGUGGGUAUCCUCGCUACGGCGUUGCUGUGCUGCUGCGGUCACAGAUGCACACGCCAAAGUCGACAAGUGGCCCAAGCCCCAAAGGAGCAAGAUGUGGAGGAACCACAAGACGAAUGUGACAAAACAAAGGAAAUACAGCCGUAAAUGCCGGAUAUCUGUAUUGCCCAUAUGUCAUGUUAUACCCGGCAUAUACAACAGUGUGGAAUAGCGCCUGUAACGUACCCAUGGGAAGGCGAAUAAAGGAUUGAGCAAUGCCAUGUUAAUCUCCAAGCAGAU